UCAUUAUUUUACCUACUGCACGCGUGGUUAUUUGACCGUAAAGCGGCGCAGGAGUUCGGAAGGUGGCACAAAGGGAGUCAUAUGGUAGAUGCGGUCUGUUUUCCAGUGAGCGACUCGUUUGCUCAUUCCACGUCUGUUUCUUGAACUCACACCAUUGUUUGGUAUGAAAACCGAGAGCCAACCUGAGACGGGUAUUGCUGUAAAAAAAGAAGGGAGUUGAGAACAUAACAAUGACUUUCUUCUGUUUUCCUACCACACCCAAGACCUCAUUCAACUGUGUGUUGCUGGCCUAAACAUUUCGUAUGUUCGUUGUAGCCGACAAACCAUCAAAAGGAUGAGACUUGACAAAAGAGAUUAAUUAGAUUAGAGAGAUUAGAUGACAAAUUGUAAACGCAUGCAGAGCGCUUCACCAAUGGUAACGCUCAUCGAUGAAGAAUCCUGCAACGUGAUUGGGUGACAUUUGACUGCCUUUCCACACGCAUGGGCGUUCAUUAUUUUGACCGAGCAGGGAACCUACUUUAUUACAUUGCAAUCACUCUAUCAAAUAUGCUGUUGAAACCCAUUGCAUUAUUGAUGAUUGCUGUGGCAGUGGUAUUUGGAAAUACAGAUAUUCAUAUACGUAUCACUAUGAAGUUGCAAUGUCUUGGGCCAUUAUUAGGUUUGUCGUUUUAGCAAUGCUAAAAUGAUCAUAUACUCUAAUCAUAAGCUUAUUAGAAUACCAGAAAACACACAAAAAACAAGUUCUAAAAGCCGAUACUGUAGUGGCAAGUAUUUAGUGUCCCCAUGCCCCACCAUGACUUUACACUACUACAAUAUUUAUAAUAUUAAUAUACAAGUUGUCACAUAUUGUGCAAUAAAAAUGUAACGCUGAACCAUUCCCUUGAUUUUCAAUGAAAAAGUUAAAAACUUAUAAAAGUAGUAAGUAAAGCAGCACUGUAAAUUGUGACUAGUGAGUCUGCCUCACAGUCGAGAAGCUCUUCUGGGUUCUAGCUAAUCUUGCCUCGAGCCUUGUGUGGCAUUUGCGUGUUCUCUCUGUGAUUGUGUGGGUUUUCUUCAGUUGCUAAGGCAUCCUCCCCAUUCUAAAAAUAUGCCUGUUAUUUUAAUUGAAUACGCUAAAUUGUCCGUGAGGGUAAUGUGAGUGUGACUUGUGGUUUGUAUGUGCCCUGCAAGUGAAUGGCACCCAGUUGAGGGUGUUACCCAGCCUCUGACCUGAACUCGACUGGGAUAGGCUCCAGCUACCCUGCGACACGAAUGAGGACAGGUGCUAUAGAAAAUUUAUAUGUGGAUGGAGUUAAGCAACAAUAUAUAUAUAUAUAUAUUUUGAGUCCUCAGUCAAAAGAACUGCUCUGAAAAACCAGUUAACACAAUGAGUAGUGGCCAAUGUGCACAUUGUUACUGUCAUAGAGGUGCUUGUUCAACAACAACAUUAUUAGGUUAUGGAUAAACGGUACAGAAAAUGCAUGUAUGGAUGGAUUAUUAUGUUAUUAUUGUUUGUUGGAGUUUUCCCGAGAUCAUACUCAGUGUUUUUAGUAAUUCGGAUACCUACAUCAGAAAAGCUAAAUAUUGGACACACCUAACUACGGUGCAGUAAAGUUGUACAUACCGAAACUACAAAGUCCAACCACAAUCUUCAUUGUGCUCACUGGUAGCUAACAUUGGCCAAGAGGCGGGCUACUCACUAUACUGGUCUGCAGUUAAUCACAUGGCAAUACAGACAAACAACCAUUCAAACUGAAGUACCUGGAUAAAACCCUUACAAGCACAAGGAUGCAAACUCCAUAUAGAGAUGUUUCAGCAGGGAAAAUAAAAAUGCUUAUUCUGUAAAAACUGAAGUAUGAAUCUUAUAAAAUUGUGCAGGAGAUACCUAAUGGGAUGUACAGUGAAUGUAUUACUUGAAAGACUUUAAAGACUCCAUGUUGCUGAGUCAGCAUGUUACAGGGGUUAAAGAUCGAGGUGUGACUUGUGAGCUCCAUGUUCAUAGACAGCCAUUUAGAGUGAGUCACUCUUCAUCUGAAGUCUCCAUGUCCUCCCAAAUGUCUGACAGAAACAUGUCUCCAAAGAUCACAGGAGAGCUGGUCAGGCAUCUCCGCCAGGUAAUGAAGAAUUGUAAAUACGUCACUGAGCCUCUUCAAGCUUAUAUUAUCCCCUCUGGUGAUGCCCACCAGAGUGAAUACAUUGCACCAUGUGACUGCAGACGCGAGUUCAUCUGUGGUUUCAACGGUUCAGCAGGUACAGCCAUCGUCACAGAGCAGUACGCCGCCAUGUGGACUGAUGGGCGUUAUUUCCUUCAGGCCACCCAGCAGAUGGACAACAACUGGACCCUUAUGAAGAUGGGACUGAAAGAGACACCCUCGCAGGAGGACUGGCUGAUUAGUGUCCUGCCAGAGAACUCCAAAGUGGGCGUUGACCCUUGGAUCAUUGCUGCAGAUCAGUGGAAAGCCAUGUCUAAGGCAUUGAACAGUGCGGGCCACUCUCUCAUAGGAGUGCAGGAAAACCUCAUCGAUGUGGUGUGGAGCGACCGUCCACAAAGACCCAGCACGCAGCUUCGUACUUUGGGAUUGGACUACACUGGUAUGCUAUGGCAAAACAAGAUCACAGCGCUACGUGCAAAGAUGACAGAACGAAACAUUUCCUGGUUCGUUGCCACAGCACUGGAUGAGAUAGCCUGGCUUUUCAACCUCCGUGGUGCAGAUAUUGAGUAUAACCCUGUCUUCUUCGCGUAUACCAUUGUGGGGAUCAACACAAUAAGGCUGUUUGUGGACAUAAAGCGUCUAGCGGACCCAGCAUUAAGAGAGCAUCUGCAGUUGGACUUGUCAAGCAAGCCUGAGCUUCACAUUCAGACGUUGCCAUACGAAUCGGUCUACACUGAGCUGCAGGCCAUCUGCGCCACGCUCGGCCCCAAGGACAAAGUGUGGAUCUGUGACAAAGCCAGUUGUGCUCUCACGCAGGUCAUUCCCAAGGCCCACAGGUCCCCCAUUCCCUAUACCCCCCUCUGCCUCUGCAAGGCCGUGAAGAACCCGACAGAGAUUCAAGGCAUGAAAACAGCCCAUAUCAAGGAUGCAGUCGCUCUUUGUGACCUCUUUGCUUGGUUGGAAAAAGAGAUUCCAAAAGGCUCUGUAACCGAAAUCUCAGCUGCUGACAAGGCUGAAGAACUACGCAGUCAACAGAAACAUUUUGUCGGCCUGAGUUUCCCUACAAUUUCCAGCGUUGGGCCCAAUGCAGCAAUCAUACAUUACAGGCCUCUGCCUGAGACCAACAGAACCCUCACCAUCAAUGAAGUUUACCUGAUCGACUCUGGAGCGCAGUACAUUGAUGGCACCACAGACGUUACCCGCACCAUGCACUUUGGGACACCAUCUGCAUAUGAAAAGGAAUGCUUUACUUCUGUACUUAAGGGGCACAUUGCUGUCAGUGCUGCUGUCUUCCCCAACGGAACCAAAGGCCACCUGCUGGACUCGUUUGCGCGAGCCGCCCUGUGGGAGUCGGGCCUCGACUACCUUCAUGGUACAGGUCACGGCGUUGGCUGCUUUCUUAACGUUCACGAGGGACCCUGCGGCAUUAGCUACAAGACCUUCGCUGAUGAACCUCUUGAGGCGGGCAUGAUUGUCAGCGAUGAACCAGGGUAUUAUGAAGAUGGAGCUUUUGGUAUCCGUCUUGAAAAUGUGGUUCUUGUUGUACCAACUAAACCCAAAUACAAUUACAGAAGUAGAGGUAGCUUGACGUUUGAGCCCUUAACUCUGGUUCCCAUCCAAGUCAAGAUGAUGAACACAGAGCUGCUCACCCAGAAGGAGCGGGACUGGGUCAACGAGUACCACAGGACGUGCCGCGAGGUGGUGGGAGCGGAGCUGGAGCGUCAAGGCAGAAAGGAGGCGCUGGAGUGGCUCAUGCGGGAGACCCAACCCAUCGUGUGAGGGACCACUCUGGCCAAGAGCACUGUACCAUUCAGUGCUGUGCAAUGAUCAUUGUAUGUACGUGUCUCAUCUACCUUUGUGUCUCUUAUUUUGUAACACAUCGUAUCAAGAGUUUUAAUAAAGAUCGGUGAAAAUCAA